AGCCUCUACAUCACUCUCUUUUCACUCCCAGCACCAACAGGCAACAGCAAGCUAGCCAUGGCUUUCUCCAAGCCCCUUGCCUUCCUCCUGCUGCUGGCGGUGGCAGCGACGGCGACGUGCGCCGCCGGGCAGCAGGACUGCAGCGGACACAAGGUGACGGUGCAGAACCUGUGCGGGCACGACCUGAACCUGGGCAUCGCCCCCGUCGCCGACAGCAAGCUCCUCUUCAGCAACGGGAUGCUCCUCCCGCACGGGAACCACCAGUCCUUCGACGUGUGCGCGUGGACGGGGAGCGUGUCGGCGCAGGGCGCCGCCGUGGCCAAGUUCCACCUCGGCCACGACGGCGGCGCCUACUACGAGGUGAGCACGGACCAGGCGAGCUCCGCCAUCCACGUCUCCGUCACGCCGCACGGCAACCCGCUGCUGGGCCACUGCCCCACCGCCGGCUGCAACGAGGACAAGUGCUUCGAGCACUCCGUCCCCGGCGGCAACUGCCACGGCGUCUCCGAGAUGAAGGUCGUCUACUACAAGAAGCACUAGGAGGUCAAGCGCUCUCUCUGUCCAGCAGCGACGACGUACGGCUGGCUGCUCUGCCAAGCGUGUUUAGCAAAUAAGUUCGUCUGCAGCUCGAAUCGUUGAUCGUCGUUGAUCAGCUGCUAGUUAAUCAUCGAGUUUAUUGUGUAGUACCGUUCGUGUCCUUCGUGUUGUGUCAGAUCGAGUGCAUGCUAGCUAGCUCACAUGCACAUGUACCGUGAGCCGUGUAGUGAUGAGCAGCAUGCAUCGUCGUACGUCU